GGGGCUGCAGCACCCACCCGCCGCCGGGCGGCCGGGCCCCCCCCUCCGUCUCCGGCAGCUCCGGGUGUGGCGCCGGUACAACCCUGCCCUGCCGCGGGGCGCGGAGCGCGGCGUGCCGCCACCGCCCGCCUCGCCGCUCUGCUGCUCCCCUGGGGCGAGGCGGGGGUCGCUGCCUCGGGCGGCCUGGGGGGCUGGAUCAGGCGGGCUCCGGGGCUGGACGGGGUGGGGGGGUAACGUGCAAGCCCGUGCAGGCGGCGGCGGGGCGGGGCGGGCGCUCCGAGGGCGGAGCACUCCCCGCCGCCGGGGUCCCGCUGUCGCCGUACUCUCCGUCCACCUUCCGCGGCGGCUCGGCUCGGCACGGCCUGUCCCGGCCCGGCCCCCCGCGCAGCCGCAGGGCGGGGCGCCGGCCGCCGCCGCGCUUCCCCGGUGCGCCCCACGUGCCGCCGCGGCCACAGGCGCCAUGGGCGUGCUGCCGGUGCCGGCGGAGGUGCGCGCCAUCCUGCUGGACAUCGAGGGCACCACCACCCCCAUCGCCUUCGUCCAGGAGACCUUGUUCCCUUACAUCAAGGACAACGUGAAGGAGUAUCUGCGUGCUCACUGGGAGGAGGAGGAGUGCCAGCGGGACGUAGGACUUCUGAGGAAACAGGCUCAGGAGGACUCUAGCUUGGAUGGAGCCGUGCCAAUCCCUUUGGAGAGCGGAAGUGGGGAAGAGGAGCUGGAGCGGGUCAUCCAGGCGGUGGUAGACAACGUGCACUGGCAGAUGUCUAUGGACAGGAAGACCACAGCACUGAAGCAGCUGCAGGGUCACAUGUGGAGGGCAGCCUAUGCAACCGGGCUUGUCAAAGGAGAAAUCUUCGAGGAUGUGGUUCCAGCUAUCCGGAAGUGGCGGGAAGCUGGGAUGAAGGUCUAUAUCUACUCCUCAGGCAGCAUUGAAGCCCAGAAGCUUCUGUUCGGCUAUUCUACAGAAGGUGAUAUCCUAGAGCUCUUUGACGGCCACUUUGAUACCAAAAUAGGCCCCAAGGUAGAAAGUGAGAGCUACAGAAGGAUUGCCGCCAGUAUUGGGUGCGCCACCAACAACAUCCUCUUCCUGACGGAUGUCCCUCGAGAAGCCAACGCGGCCGAGGAAGCGGAUACUCACGUGGCUGUGGUGAUCAGACCAGGCAAUGCAGGACUGACAGACGAUGAGAAAUCCUAUUACAGCCUCAUCUCAUCUUUCACUGAACUUUUCCUGCCUUCCUCCUCUUAGGGAAAGUGGUGCAUGCACAAAAGACUCUGCUUCACCUGAACUGUCCUUGUGUAACGUUAGGUAAUUUUGUCCAUAAUCCGAAUUUAAAGCCAAACCCACAUCAUGUCUUGGACCCGCGACUAGUGCAGGCAGGUAUGGAUGGAGAGUAUGGCGUGGGGUCCCUUGUGCAGCAGGACGGAGGCCUGCAGCAGCCAGCUGGAGCUGGGAACAGGGUGAGGAGCAGCACCCAUGAGUCCUGCUGUUCCUCCCUUUUCCCAGUUAGUUCAGGGGAUGCUUUCUUCAGACUCACCCAUUGAAAUCUGGUGCUCAGACGCUCCAGGAGGAGCUCUGUCAUUUGUAGAAACAGUCUGCCAAAAAGAUAUAUGUCCCCUUGUUUCAGAGGGACCUCUAGGGACCAUGUAGGCAUAGGAGCUUUUCCCUGCAGACAGGGUUGCUGGCUAAGGCAGAGCUUUCAAAAGCGGGUUAGGAUGCCCAAAGGAAAAUGCCAACUGUGGGCUAUAGUACAGUAGCUUUGGGCUGCUACAGAAAAAGCUAGCCCUUGCUGCAAGUUCUUCAGACCAGUCUUGGCUAUAUCCAGAGCAGGUCUAGGUACAAAACAGUACAAGACUAUAGCUUACAGAGCUAUACAGCCAGCCUACAAGAAUGAAAUAAAUAGAGUAUAUAAAAAUAUAGCUUUAAAAAUUAAAUUGUAGAUCCACCUCACUGCUGCCUCAUGGUGCUGGGCUAUGGGAUCCCGCUGGCUGAACACCAAGGUCAGCUUGACCAUGUUUCUGAAGUUAUCUAUCUCCCUUAGCACUAACUUGUGGAGCGCCUUCUCGGUAGCAAACAUCACCCCGUCACACGCUCACAGCACUGCUCAGCUGUGAGCAAACCUUGACAACCGUCUGCUCCUGAGGCGGACAUCCUGCUGUGUUUCAUGAGAAUUAAAACCCUGACGUUUUUAUCCACCCAACCUAAAUUGUGCCAAUUUGUAUCAGGUCAUGGAGCUUUUCCUAAUGUUGAAAUAAAAACACCUAUUUGCUUUGAUUGUGUUCACUCCAUCCCAUUUAGCCUUCCUGUCUUAUCACCAGUGAUCCCAGCACCUAAAGGCAAAUCUCUUGGUUUUUUUAAACCUGUGAGCACUUUGGUUUUCUGCUUUCACCCUCCCUGGUCCUUUCCUUAAGACAAUCCUGUCUUGCCGAGGAAGCUGCAUUAUCUUCCUGGCCAUCUUACUGUUUUAGUAAGGGCUCAAUGGAGGUGCAGGAGUAAGCACCACAGCAAUAGUAGAGGCAGCCUGAAAUCCCAGUUCCCUGCUGCUGGCACUUCCUGCAUGGUGUCACUUGCUACUUAUUUCUGUGCGGCUGUGUUUGAGCUUUCCCUCGGGGACAGCUGAAAUGCAAUAGUAACGCGUGUGGUGCCUUCCUGAGCCCUCAUCUGCACCUACAGCUGCCCCUGUUGAGGGAGGCUGCUGUGUGAAGAACAAGCAAGAGACACAGUGCCAGCAUCGCCCUUCUAAACCUUUGAUGGUAGCAGGUAAGGCAGCUAGUCCAGAUGCCCUUCUGGGCUGUGUAGUGAGUAUGAUCCUCCUCCUAGAAAGAGCCUGCUAAUUAGCACAGUAAGUGUAUCUGCAUGGCUGAACAGUCCCUGGCUUCCUUAGGGGAUUAACUGUAAUCAUGACACUGUAAAUACUCAACUUUUGUUUUGUCUUUGCCAUCGGAAAGCUAUGCUUGGGGUAGGGGACAAAAAUAAAACUCACUUUCUCCAUAAAAGCACUUUAUUUA